AUGCACGACGAAUCCAAGCAUCAGCAUAGAGAACAAUCGAAAACCGAAACGCAGCUACAGGAAGUAGAUGGACUAAGAAUUUCAACUGAUACUGUUCGUCGACGCCUAGCUGAAUGUAAUCUGAGACCAAGAAUUCCAGCGCGAGGACCAACUUUGACCCCAGAGCAUCGUAGAGCACGGUUAACUUUUGCUAGGAAACACAUUGAUUGGGCUAAUAAAGACUGGGAAAGAGUUCUUUGGUCAGAUGAAACCAGAAUUUGUCUCUGCAACUCAGAUAGACGUAUAAGAGUUUAUCAAAGACCAAAUGAAAGAUAUGCCCAAUGUAACUUCCAGAACACCAGAUUAUUUGGUGGAGGGUCAGUUAUGUUUUGGGGAGAAAUCUCUUUAACUGCUCGUACUGACUUGGUGGCUAUUAAUAAUGGCAGUUUAACAGCUGCUAGACAUAAGGGAGAUCUUCAGGAUAAUGCUAGACCGCAUGUUGCUCAGAUUGUUCAAAAUUACUUUAAUGAUGUUGGAAUUGAAACUAUGGAUGGGCCAGCAAAUAGUCCUGAUCUUAGUCCAAUUGAGAAUGUAACUGUAAUAGACGAAACAUCACUGGCACCAAAUUGUAACGAAAACGUUGAAAAUUUCCCUUUAACGAAUGGUAAGUGUUGCGAAGGCGACGCAUCAAAACCUACCGAAAUUACUAGUGAAAGUAGCAUCAAAUCUACACAAACCGCGGACAAUAUUGUGGUGAGUGCGGACGUUCAUAACGAACGAGAUGAGAAAAUAAAUGAUAGCAACAGUAGUAAUAGUAUUAGUAGUAGUAUAUGCAGUGACAAUAUUAAUAACAAAGAUAACGAAAAUGUAGAUUAUUUGUACAGAAAUGUCAAUGGCGGCUGUUAUACAGGUUUAAGCAACAAUGGUGAUAAACUAGUUCGAACAUGUAAAGUUACUUAUAAGAAGAGCGCUAAGCAACAAAACAGUGUUGAACGGGGCGAGAGCAUCAUCCAUACCAUCAGUCCCGCGAUAAGAAGAAACACGGACGAGGCGACGCCGGGCGCCACAAAAGAAUCGAUUUGUUCCAUAUUCCACUGUGUGCGCAAUCAAGUCGGUUCCACGAUCCAGUUGUUUUCAAAAAAAGGGGUCGGUCAGAGCAUUUAUCGAAUCCUUAUCAAGAAUUUAUCAAUGGAAAUGUGCCGGAUAACGACUAAAGGUGAAAAUGUGGAUAACUGGGACACACCCUUAAUAUAUCUACUUACCUCAAAAUUUGGCCAACUUACACGUAGGGAAUGGGAAAUCUAUUCCAAGAAUUUUGAUAGCCCUUCAAUCCUUAACCUCACUACAUUCCUCACAGAGCGUUGCCACCUCUUAGAGUCAAUUGAUUUUAAAGUGCAAAAUAAACAUGAUCCAAAUCCUCAAAAGAGUUAUGGUACACCUAAGACAUUCACCAAUGCCGUUUUUGAAAAUAAAUGUCCUGUUUGUAAAGAUAGCCAUUUUGUCUAUGCAUGUGAGAAAUUCCUCAAACUUCCUGUGAGCGAAAAGUACAAUGAGGCGAAACGUCUAAAAUUAUGUACAAAUUGCCUACGUCCAGGUCAUUUUGCAUCUGUUUGCACAUCCAAACAUUCUUGUAGAGCUUGCCAGCGAAGGCAUCAUUCAUUGCUACAUUACCCCACAAAUAACUUUGAGAAAGAUUCCAGGCACAUAACCUCAAAUGUAAAUCCAAGUAUUACUAAGCAACCCUCUCAAAAAACGCUUUGCGCCCAAAUAAGGGCAACCUCAAGCAAUAACCAUGAUGGUAUUAACCCAACACAGUUGCCCAAUCCUCAAAGAGGUAACAUAAAUUCUCAUCUUUGUGAAACCCCGAGUUUCUUGCCAUCGAAUCAAUUACCCCACGCUACUUCACACCAAGUGGUAGUAGAUCAAAAUGUUUGUAAUCCUCAACAAGAGAAUAAUCUUCAGCCUGAUUUGCCUAUUGAUUACAGUUUUGCUUGUGCUAAUUCUGUACCAAAUACUUUUGUGCUCCUAUCUACUGCUUUAGUUUAUGUUUAUGACAGCUGUUCGAGACCCAUACCCUGUAGAGCCUUACUUGAUAGCGGGUCACAGUCUAAUCUUAUAUCAAAGACCUUGUUUGAUAUCCUAAACCUCAAGUAUGAGAAAGUGCACAUCCCUGUUUGUGGUAUAAAUCAGGGAACAACCUAUAUUAAUAAGAAAACCUCAUUAACGAUUAAGGACUUAAGUAAGAGUCAUCAUUUUAAUCUGACUGCCUUAGUAAUCGAUAAAAUUACCGAUAAAUGUCCUCAGCAGACGCUAAAUGUAUCUAAUUUCAUUAUUCCCAAAGAAAUUACUCUGGCAGACCCCACUUUCUUUGAAUCCUCUGAAAUUGAUCUCCUUAUAGGAGCUAGUCUAUUUUAUGACCUGCUUAUUUCAGGUCAAAUGAAACUUGGAACAAGGAAUCCUAUCUUGCAGAACACCAAACUUGGUUGGGUAAUUUCUGGACCUAUGCAUGUUUCCAAGGGUUUUACACCCCUGAAAUCCAUAUCGGCUUUUUCCUUGAAUAAUGAGUUUGAGCUAAAACAAUCACUUGAGAAGUUUUGGCACAUUGAAGAACCCUUCCAUGAACCCUGUAAGUUUACCCCAGAGGAAAUGGAGUGUGAAUCCCAUUUUAAGAGUACCUUUACUCGAACUUCUUCGGGUAGAUUUGAAGUUAGUUUGCCCUUAAAGGGCACUGUAUCCAAACUAGGUGAUUCCCAAGAAAUUUCCAUGAAAAGAUUUUUGGCUAUUGAAAGAAAACUUACAAGGAAUCCUGAACUUAAAUUCUCUUACACGCAAUUUAUUCAGGAAUAUGAAAAAUUAGGACAUAUGUCAAAAAUUAAUUCCCAAGAAAAAACGUCAGACCCCAUCUAUUACUUGCCUCACCAUGCCAUUGAGAAAUUGGACAGCACUACUACCAAGUUAAGGGUAGUGUUCGACGCCUCAUCUAAAACAACAACUGGCAUUUCUCUAAACGAUAUUCUAAUGGUUGGCCCCACUGUGCAAAGCGACUUGUUCUCCAUAAUCCUCAGAUUCAGAGAGCACAAUUAUGUGUUAUCAGGUGACAUCGCCAAGAUGUACCGACAAAUUCUUGUUAAGCCAGAGCAAAGGAAGCUUCAGCGCAUAGUGUGGAGAGACUCCCCGGAGUCGGAUCUCAACCACUAUGAAUUAAACACCAUUACCUAUGGCACAGCCAGUGCCUCUUUCUUAGCUACAAGAUGUAUACAACAAAUUUCGUUUGACAUCAAAGAUUCCUAUCCUUUGGAAAGUCACAUCAUUGCUCGUGAUAGCUACGUGGAUGACGUACUAACAGGGUGCAAUGACCUUGAAACCCUUAUAAAAGUAAGAUCCAACCUUAUAUCAAUUUUUCAAACUUAUGGGUUUGAAUUACGAAAGUUCUCAUCCAAUGAACCCAAAGUAUUAUCUAAUAUUUCAGAUAAGAAUUCUAUAGGUCAUAUCAUAAAUGACAAUCAAAGUUGCAAAGCAUUAGGUAUAUUUUGGGAUUCCCAGAAAGAUCAAUUUAUCUAUACCUCGAAGUUAAGCAAUUCUAUGGCUGUGGUCACGAAACGUUCUAUCCUCUCAGCCAUAUCGCAGAUAUUUGAUCCUUUGGGCCUCCUCGGUCCAAUCAUAAUUCAAGGAAAGAUUCUUAUGCAGAAGCUAUGGCUGUUAAAAAUUUCAUGGGACGAGCCUCUACCCAAUGAUUCUUAUAAAAUUUGGUCCAACUUUUCCAAUCAGCUGUCCAAAGCAAACACCUUUAAAAUACAUCGACAAGUAACCUCCAAAAAUCCUAUUGAUGUUCAGAUCCAUGGGUUUUGUGAUUCCUCCAUAAAUGCUUAUGGAGCCUGUGUAUACCUUCGCUGCACAGACUCCGAUGGAAAAAUAUAUUGUAAUCUCCUCUGCGCAAAGUCACGUGUUGCUCCCCUUAAGGCUGUUUCACUGCCCAGUUUGGAGCUUUGCGGAGCACUUCUUUUAGCCAAGCUUAUAAAUAAGAUUCUCGAAACUGUAAGUUAUCCUAUAGGGGAGAUUUUUUACUGGACUGACUCAUCAAUUGUUCUUUGCUGGUUAAGUUUAGAACCUCGCAGCCUUAAGACGUUUGUCUGCAAUAGGAUAUCUGAAAUUCAACAAAUAACAAAUAUCAACCAUUGGUAUCACGUGAUUUCGUCACAAAAUCCUGCAGAUAUCAUCUCUAGAGGUAUGAGCCCAGUUGAUUUGGAGAGUAAUAAUCUUUGGUGGCACGGACCCUCCUUUUUAUUGAAACAUAAAAGUUUUUGGCCUUCAAAUAAUCAUGUGUCGAAUUACGCUCGACAAAAUACCGAGAAAUCUAAAAUAAUCGACAUUAAUCCUAAAUCCUUAAUAUUCUUUGCAAAGGAGAGCAAUGAUUUUGUUAUGAACCUAUGCUCGAAAUAUUCCUCUUAUUCAAAGCUCAUUAAUGUAGUCGCUUAUUGUUUGCGAUUUCAUUUUAACUUAAAAUAUAAAGACAAAAGAAUUACUGGUGCCUUGUCCCAAACUGAGGUAAUACAAAGUGUCAAUUGCCUUGUAAGGUUAAUUCAGAGUUCCGCGUUUCCUGAAGACCUAUUCAGCCUAAAAAAUAAUAAGACGAUAAGGCCUAGUAGUAAGCUUAGUACUCUCAACCCUUUUCUUGACAGUGAUCUCCUCCUACGAGUAGGUGGUCGAUUAAACCAUUCUAAGCUGACGUUUAACCAAAAACAUCCUAUACUGAUACCUUAUAAUCAUCCCUUUUCUAAGCUUGUUGUCACCCAUGAGCAUAUCCGCAAUCUACAUCCAGGAACGCAAGCUACGCUGUCAUUUGUGAGGCAGCAAUUUUGGCCAACAAAUGGCAAGCAACUGGUUAAAUCAGUGAUUCGGAAGUGCAUAAUUUGUUUCAAGUCCAAUCCUCGAUCAUUAAAAGCCCAAAUGGCAGCUCUACCCAGUGUCCGGGUUACUCCCUCCUAUGCUUUUUACAAUACCGGUGUAGAUUAUGCCGGACCUUUUGUUCUAAAGGACUCCAAAUUUAAAAAUAGGAGGCUUCUUAAGUGCUAUAUUUGUUUGUUCGUGUGUUUGACAACCAAGGCAAUACACCUUGAACUAGCUACAGAGCUUACCACUCAAUCUUUUAUUUCUGCCUUUUUGCGCUUUGUAUCUAGAAGAGGUCUAUGCAAAAAUCUACAUUCUGAUAACGGUUCUAAUUUUGUUGGGGCUAAGAAUGAGUUUGACAAAAUUAACACUAUUUUAAGGGAUGAAAGGUUUCAAAAUGCGCUAAGGGAUAAUAAAAUUCAAUGGAGUUUUAUUCCUUCUCACUCGCCACACUUUGGUGGCCUUUGGGAAGCUUCGGUAAAGUCCACCAAACAGCAUCUUAAGCGUGUUUUAAAUAAUACUCCUCUACAUUAUGAGGAAUUCUAUACCCUGCUUGUACAAAUCGAGGCCAUACUGAACUCCCGACCGCUCACUCCUCUCAGUGAUGACCCGAAUGACCUCGAGGCGCUGACACCAGGUCAUUUUCUUAUUGGUCGCCCUCUUAAUAAAUAUCCAGAGCUGGAUUUAUUGGACGUUCCUGAUGGUCGCCUCUCCAGGUAUCAGCACCUGCAAAAGAUGUCUCAGCACUUUUGGCAGAGAUGGUCUGAUGAAUUUCUGCAUACCCUGCACCAAAGGUUCAAGUGGAAGUCCAAGGUCAAGCCAUCGGAGCUAUUAGGUUCUCUGGUCCUAUUAAAGGAGGACAACCUGCCUUCCUUGCAAUGGAGAACAGGACGUGUUGUCGACUUACAUUCUGGAAGUGAUGGAACAGUUCGUGUAGUGAGUGUGCGAACUUCUAGUGGUGUUGUGAAGCGCUCUAUAACAAAGAUUUGUCCCUUGCCCAUCGAAUCCCUCCGUGACAUUCGCGAAAGUGAAUAA